UCUUCUCUCCCUGGUCAGCUGUCCUCUGCCCCCUCCCUGCCCCCUCCUCUUGCCCUUCUCCUGGCCAGCACAGCCCCUCUGGGCACCGAGACGCUUUCUGCCGCCUCAUCCCUCUGGCCUGGAAGGAUGGAGACCUCAGUGCACUCAACUCCCAAGUGUUUAACUGAAGCCAUGGCAACAGGGGAUCCAGCCGUGCUCCAAGAAUCAUCUCAGGAUGUGAAGCAAAGAGACAAGCCCCUGGUAAAGAGCAUGGAAACUCCAGAGAAGGCGACGAUCCCAUCAAAUGCCAUGAAGAUGUUAGAUCCACGUUGGUUAAAACCCAACAGCAUCGAGACGGAGAGAAUCAUAACUGUCUUGGAUGAGACGAUUGCCAGGCUGGAGCUGAGCAGUUUGAUCCCACAGAUUAUUGAGUCUCUGGACAGGUUUGCUGAUGUGCUGGGACCUGAGAUCACCAAUAACCUGAUCGAGCACCAAAAGCUUUCCAAUGAAAUGGAGCGCCUGCUUUCCAGCUCUGAAGAAGAGGACACCAUGAGAGCUGAGGAACAACGGCGCUGUCUCUGCUUGCUAAAGCAACGUCUGAAAUGCUCUGUUAGAGAUGUCCUGAGACUCCUACUGGCCAACCCUUCACUUUGCCGGGCUCUGAAAUACGAAGCCUUGGUGAGAGAGUCACCAGCUGAAGCGUUUAUCAAAGAUUUUAAGGAGUUCAGGAAUUUCAUGCUUGAGAGACUCCUGACUAGUCCCACAGAAGAGGAAGAAAAGAUUCGGUUCUUGGAGGACAUCUCCCUCCAGAUUCACAAAAACACUGAAGCAAUCAUGGCUUUACAGGCAGAACUGGCAGCAGCAAUCCAGACUCGAGAGGACGAGAUUCACAGGAAGGACAAUGUGAUCGAAGACCUCAAAAGCAGCAUGCAAGAUCUCACCACAGAUUGCAAGGUCACCAUCCAGAAUAUCAAGGAGGAAGGAGAAAAACAGCAGGAAGAGCAGCUGGAAGCCUCCCAGGAGCGCUGUGCCAGGCUACAGCAGGAUGUUCAGCAGCUGGAAGCACAACUCAACGCACUAGUGCUGGAGCAUCGAGCCUCAGAGCUGGCUCUCCGAAAGAGGAAGUGCAGGAUGGAGACAGAAAUUGUGAACUGGAUCCAGAAAUACGACGCACACAUGGAAGAAAAACAGGCUGAGUAUGAGGACAUUCACGCUGCCUACACCGAGGAGAAGAACCAGCUGUCCCUGCUGAUGGAGAAACGUGCUGUGCUUCUCCAGGAGUACUCCCAGAUUGAGGAGGAGCGCAGGAAACAGGAGGAGAAGAAGGAGCAGGAAUUGAAGGAAUUAAACACCUUGAGCCUUGCUGCUACUCGCAUCCAGGCCUUCUGGAAAGGCUACUUGGUCCGGUCCCUCUACGGUUCAAAAUUAAAGAAGAAGAAGAAGGGCAAGGGUAAGGGCAAGGGCAAGGGCAAGAAGACCAAGAAAUAAAGCACAAAAUCUGUUCUCUCUGUUCCUGGCAAAGCUGCUGACUCCAGUGGGACUGAGCACUUCCAGAUAAAAGCAUGAGAUUUGAGAGAGCAUUUGCAUCAUGGCCCAAGCUCUCCAGGGCUGGGGCUACCUCUCAUAGCUGGAGUGUUAUCAGGGCACUGGUGUGAAGAUACGUCUCACCAUUUUAGGUUUGGCUUUGCCACCUCUGUGAGGGGGUGUGUGUCUAUCUCUUGACAAAGGGACUGGGCCAG